CCGCAGCUAGUCGCCGACCGUUCUGACGGCCUUGCUCGUUCCUCUGAGCUUUGCUCUUCCCCGCCUUGCUUCCCGCCACGUCUCGUAAACUCUCCCUGCCGCGCACCGCCUGGCGCUUCCAGGCCUCCCCCUGCCUAGGAUUCUUUCGGAUGCGCGUGAGCGUGAACCUGCGCGGGACACCGCGGGGGGAAACGCUGUGAUGAGCUGCUGAAGUCAUGGUGAAAUGCUGCUCAGCCAUCGGAUGCGCCUCUCGCUGUCUACCCAAUUCCAAGUUGAAAGGGCUGACCUUCCACGCAUUCCCCACAGAUGAAAAUGUCAAAAGAAAAUGGGUAUUAGCAAUGAAAAGACUUGAUGUGAAUUCUGCAGGUAUGUGGGAGCCUAAAAAAGGAGAUGUGUUGUGUUCAAGGCACUUUAAGAAGACAGAUUUUGACAGAAGUGCUCCAAAUCUUAAACUAAAACCAGGAGUCAUCCCGUCUAUAUUUGAUUCCCCAUACCACUUACAGGACAAAAAAGAAAAGCUUCAUUGUAGAAAAAACUUCACCCUCAAAACCCUUCCAGUCACAAAGCACAACCACCAGCUCGUUGGUGCUUCCUCAUAUACUGAAGAAUUCCAAUCCCAGUUCAUUUUUGAACACAGCUACAGUGUAAUGGACAGUCCAAAGAAACUCAAGCAUAAGUUAGAUCAUGUGAUCAGCCAGCUAGAGGAUACCCAGGAAAGUCUGCGCAGUGUUCUAGACCGAGAAAAGCAUUUCCAAAAAUCACUGAGGAAGACAAUCAGGAACUUGAAGGAUGAAUGUCUCAUCAGCCAAGAAACAGCAGAGAGACUGGAUGCAUUCUGCUGGGAGCCUCCUCAGGAGGCCACAGAGCAUGACUGUUCCUCGAGGUAGUGCCAUGCUGCGCUCUGCCUGCAGUGGGCAUUGCUGCAGCCCUUCAGAGCAUAAUUCUCACGUGUGUCACGGAAUAGUCUCUGUCACUGAAGUGCUGCUUGGGUCCGUCCCUUGCAGAGUUACACAUUAUGGUUGUUAUCCAUAGAUGUUUUUGAUGAUGUGCAGAAAUACCUAUGUGGUAAUUCAAUGUUUUGUGUCACUUGUGAUACUUAAUGUUUUUUAUAGACUUAAACUAGUGCCAGAUCACUAUUGUAAGAUGUUAAAAUCUCAAGAAAAUUCCAUAGAAAUAAGGAAAUUAUAUUAGCCACGUUAAACUCUGGUGGUAGGAACCAGACACUCCAGCAGCAACAGAGUUUUUGUUUCAAGUGAAUACCUUUAAUUAUACUUGCUUUAUGGUAAAUAGGGUUUUAUUUUAAAUAUAUUUUAGUGUAAAGCAGAAUUUAUUGUAACAACAUCUGUCUUGCGUCCAACCCAAGAUGCUUUCAUUAAUAAUACUAAAAGGCAUUUUUACAUGGCUUCUUAUAGUACUGACCCUAAGAAUAAGAUAUAGGAAAAAUGAAUAGGCUUUUAAAAUUGAGAGCCGAUUUAAGAAGAUCCUUCACAAGGGUACCACCUUCCUCCUCAAGAGGGACACUCAGAUGUAAACCAGAGUUAUUUUAAAAACAAACCUAAAAAAUGGUAUAAGUGUGAUUUUAAGCAGUCAGUUGCCCCAGUACUCUCAGCAUUUGGCUCCCUGACUGUUACUACGCCAUGAAGGUCUGCCUCAAAGUCUGCAUGCUGGAGUUAGCCAGAUACUUGAAUUGUUGCUUUGUAUUGUAUGGAAAGUAAUAUUGCUGACAUUUUUUUAAAUAUAGAAGAAACCAUUUGAAAAUUAAUAAUUCUGGAUCUUCCAGUGGAAAUAGUAGUUAGGAGAGUAAAUUAUUGUCCAGAGGCUUUUAGAGAAAUAGAUAUAUAAAAAGGCAGUUUUAGAAUAGCUUCUUACUAAAUAUACAAAAGUCACUUAGCUAUUUUUUGAUUGACUAGAGUGUCAGAAAUAUACCUUCUCUCCUAAUUUCAUGCCCAAAUAGGUAAAACUGAGUAAUAAGUUAUACUGUGAACUAGAAUAAAACUCAGCCACAGUCACCCUCUUCUGGGAAGCACAUGACCAUCACUCGUCAUCCGUGCUGUAGUAGUUAGCAUUUGAUUGCCAGAUUGUCAUUGUAUUAACCAGAAACUAACUGCAUUUUAUAUUCUUUUCUUCAUUGCAGUUUUAUUUAUGUUACAUUAGUAUCAGUACGGAUAUGGUUGCUUGAAUUUUUGUGUUUGUUAAAUACAAAUACAAAUUUUCUAUG